AAACCCAAUCUCAGGUGUCAUUUCCGCACAGAGCAAAAUCAAAGAAAUGGCGUGGCGCGGUGGCUCUCUCUCGAGGUCGUUACUCUCCGCCGCAAGAACCACACCAAGUCGUUGCUCCGUGACUCGCCUCCAACGUUCUUCUUCCCCUUCACUUCGCUCCCACCUUCUUCACCCUCGCCGCCCUCUCUUUACACUCCCCAGGACAAUUGGAAUUCUCGGGUGCACGCAAUCGCUGAUGCCUCUGCACAGCACUGAUGCCGCCGCUCGUCUGACUUCUCACAUCUCCGUCGAAUCGCGCGCUUGCUGCGAAUUGUCCCAGGGUACUUGAACAGACUUUGGAAAAUGUAUCAGUUGUGAUUAUACGUUUGACUGAACGUGAAAUGGUGGCUAAUGCUGUGAGGGAGGAAGCUUGUUGGAGGUUUGGGUUGUUCGAUUGAGAAAUAUUAUCAUUUGUACGAAAUAAAUAAAGUAUACAGCGUAUCCUUCUAAUUGAAACUUUUCAGGUUAAAUUGAUCGGCAUCGACAUUGUUUGGGAAUGGAGUUAUACUGAACAUAAGUUUUUUGUAGAUGUUAAUUGGUAUAUUGGCUUCUCAUCACUGGAUAAAGUAGUUGCAACGAUUUCACUUCAUGCUUACAUAAAAUUAGAAAGUUGUAUACUGUUGGUGA